ACCCUGAUUCAUAUAUAAUAAUACCCAUUUUUAUUUUACACUCUCCUCCGUUGUAUUUUUAUUGCGCCUUCUUCACCUCAAGCUGCACACACCCUCCCUCUCUGAAAAUGGCUUCCAUCUCUCUCCUGCGCCUAACUCCCAUUCCCACACCAAAAACCCUAUCAAAAUCCCACCCCUUUUCUUCCUUCAACCCUCCCUUAACUCCCUUUCUCAAAUUCCCCCCUAAAACCCGUCUGUCACAAAAAUCCACCGUCACCCGCAUGUCAUACAAUCCCACGCCCGCCACCGAUCGGUUAGUCUCGGCCGUUUCUUACACCCUCCCUUUCUUUAAUUCUCUCCAGUACGGACGGUUUCUUUUCACUAAAUACCCAUCUCUUGCUCUCCUAGUUGACCCCCUAAUCCCUCUCUUAAGCCUCUACAGAUCAAUCCCAUAUGCAAGUUUUGUGGCUUUUUUUGCUCUCUACUUGGGUGUGGUGAGAAACCCAAGUUUUAGCCAGUACGUGAGGUUCAAUGCUAUGCAAGCUGUGACGUUAGAUGUUCUAUUGGUGGUGCCUUUGCUUUUGACCCGGAUCCUUAGUCCGGGCCGGGCCGGGUUAGGGUUUAAGUUGAUGGUUUGGGGUCAUAAUGCUCUGUUUCUGUUUAGUUGCUUCUGUUUUGUUUAUGGGUUGGCAAGUUCUGUUUUGGGUAAGACUCCUUAUUUGCCCUUUAUUGCUGAGGCUGCUGGUAGACAAGUAUGAGUGGUAACUUCUUCUUUUUAAAAAAAAAUUCUUGAAGAAAAAAAGGUGCAAUUGGUUGAAGCCGUAGGUAAGAGGGUUUAGUACCAGUGGUCUGGUUGUUUUGGGGCUUGAACUUGUAACUGAAUUGUAGAACUGAAUGUUCUAAUUUACUAGUAGUGGUUUCUUUCCAA